AUGUCUGUUUUGGUGCGUGAUGUCAAAGAGACAAUGGACCUCCAACACAACGCCUCAGACACAAUGACAUACGCUGACUUAAACUUGAACUCCGAAACAGUCCUUGCCGCCUUUCUCUUUGCAACUCUGACCUACUUGAUCAUUCUGUUCUGCAACCUCACUCUCAUCCUCUCUAUUGUGCUGAACAAAUGUCUUCACCAGCCAAUGUAUAUGAUUCUGCUCAACAUGCCCAUGAAUGACCUUGUAGGCUCCACCGCCUUCUUCAUCGAGCUCCUCAGGAGGAUCCUGAGCAACAGCAGGACCAUUCAGUACUCGUCGUGCUUGGCUCAAGCGUUCUUCAUCCACAUCUACGGUGCUGCCACCAUUCUGAUUCUCACUGCCAUGGCCUAUGAUCGAUACAUCGCCAUUUGUUUACCACUUAGGUACAACGUUGUGAUGACAAACGCUCACGUGAUGAGGAUUAUUCUCGGCGUGUGGCUGCUGUGUGUGUUGAUGAUCGCUGUGCUUUUCUUUUUGCUUCUGAGGUUGCCCAACUGUGGGACCAACUUAAGGCAUCUGUACUGUGAUAACCCCUCACUUCUAACUCUGGUCUGCGCUGACACCACCAUCAACAACAUAUACGGCCUCUUCAUCGUAGCCGUCACCCAGAUUUUGGCUAAUGGGAUUAUCUUGUACACUUAUCUGAGCAUACUUCUCACCUGCUUUAGGUCUAAACGGCCAGACACCAAAACCAAAGCGCUUCAGACGUGCGCCACGCACCUGACUGUUUACCUGCUGCUGGAGUGUCUGGGGCUGUUCACCAUUAUAUCAUACAGAAUUAAGGGCAUUUCAUCACAACUGAGGAUGUUAUUCGGGGCGUGGACGUUAAUCUUCCCACCGUUACUCAAUCCAAUUAUUUAUGGGAUUAGAACCAAAGAGAUUCGGGAAAAUAUUUUGAAAUUGUUGCAGUUUUCAAGAUGCAUAGAAAACUUGCAUAUGUUGACUGAUAUGUAA